AUGUCGAUGUCAGCUUCGUCACUUACUGGUCACCUUUUCGAUCAAACACCAUUCUUCGGGCUUAAACUAUGGAUGAUAAUCAUAAUCUGUAUCGGUUUAGUCACCGCCAUUCUCCUAUUCGCGUUUUUAUGUUUAUGGUCAUUUCUACGGCGCCAGAAGAAAAAGCUCAAGAGUAGUAGAAAUCCCAGUGGCCUCGUGAUGGAAAGAAGGUUGCUGCCACAAAGCGGUUGGGACAUUGGAACACAGGACGAACGAGUGCUUUACUCGGAUCGCCACAAUUGGUGGGGAAGUGGCGGCGGUAGUAUUCAUUUGGUAGACCAUCAUAAUAAUUAUAUGCAAAGUAGAAGAAGAAGUAGCUGUGGUACUAGUAGUAGUAGUGCGUGGCGAUGCAUGAAUUAUAAUUCAAGGGAAAUUGAUAUAGCAACAAAUGGAUUCGGGGAUGGGAGUGUCAUUGCAAGUGGAGAGUAUGGAGUGAUGGCUUAUCGUGGUAUUUUGUUUGAUGGUAAGAGAGUUGCUGUUAAGAAAUUAAUCAACAUCAGUACUAAUGAUGAGGAAUUCAUCGAACAAGUGGAGGCCAUUUGGUGCAUUAGACAUGUAAAUCUGGUGAAAUUACUUGGAUACUCCAUUGAAGGAGACAAAAGGAUGCUUGUGUACGAGUACGUUAACAAUGGGAAUCUACACCAAUGGCUUCAUGGAUCUGUAGCAAGGGUCAGCUCUUUAACGUGGAACAUUCGGAUGAACAUUAUACUCGGAAUCACAAAAGGCUUAGUGUAUUUACACGAGGAUUGCGAACCCAUUGUCAUACAUCAACAGUUGAGGUCUAGUAGUAUACUAGUAGAUCAUCGUUGGAAUCCUAGGAUAUCAAAUGUUGGUACAACAAGGCUUCUGGAUCUUGGACCAACUCCAUCCACGUCUCAUCCUCUCACUGGAAUGUCGGGUUAUAUUGCUCCUGAAUAUGUUUACACACGCGCCUUAAACGAGAAAACUGAUAUGUAUAGUUUCGGGGUUCUCAUAAUGGAGAUUAUUUCAGGAAGAGCCCCCGUCGAAUAUAAAGAAUUCGGCAGAAAGGAAUACUUGGUAGAUUGGAUAAAAAGCAAGGUUAGCAAUCAAAACUUUGAUGAUAUAGUAGACGCUAGACUGCAUGAACCGCCAUCCUUAACCGAUCUCAAAAGAAUGAUCUUGAUUGCUCUUCGAUGCGUGGAUUCAGAUGUUGAAAAUCGACCUAAAAUUGGAGAUGUUAUUCACAUGCUCGAACCACGGGACUUGCUUCUUAAUGAUGUAAGCUUCCGACCCCUUCUUUUUUUCAUCUAUCUAUCCGUUGAUAAGUGA